AUGGUUCCGAUUGGUCGUGGCCAACGUGAACUUAUUAUUGGUGACCGUCAGACCGGUAAAACUGCUGUCGCUUUGGAUACCAUGCUCAACCAGAAGCGAUGGAACAAUGGGACCGAUGAAACCAAAAAACUUUACUGUGUAUACGUGGCUAUUGGUCAAAAGCGCUCUACUGUCGCCCAACUCGUCAAGACCUUGGAGGAGAAUGAUGCCAUGAAGUACUCAAUCAUUGUAGCUGCCACUGCUUCAGAAGCUGCUCCAUUGCAGUUCCUGGCUCCUUUCACUGGCUGCGCUAUGGGAGAGUGGUUCCGUGACAAUAAGAAGCACGCCGUCAUCAUCUACGAUGAUCUCUCCAAGCAGGCUGUCGCCUACCGUCAAAUGUCCCUCCUGCUUCGUCGCCCACCUGGGCGUGAGGCUUACCCCGGAGACGUUUUCUACCUGCAUUCCCGUCUCCUCGAGCGCGCCGCAAAGAUGAAUGAGGCCCAUGGCGCCGGUUCCCUUACCGCUCUUCCCAUCAUUGAGACACAGGGUGGUGAUGUCUCCGCCUAUAUUCCAACCAAUGUUAUUUCCAUCACAGAUGGCCAAAUUUUCUUGGAGGCCGAAUUGUUCUACAAGGGUAUCCGCCCCGCCAUUAACGUCGGUCUCUCUGUGUCUCGUGUCGGCUCAUCGGCGCAGGUUAAGGCGAUGAAGCAGGUUGCCGGAUCUCUUAAAUUGUUCUUGGCCCAAUACCGUGAAGUAGCUGCUUUCGCACAAUUCGGCUCUGAUUUGGAUGCUUCCACCAAGUCUACCCUGAACCGUGGUGAACGCUUGACCGAACUGCUCAAGCAGAAGCAGUACAGCCCCAUGGCUGUUGAGGAGCAGGUUCCUUUGAUCUAUGCUGGUGUUAAUGGACAUCUUGACAAUGUUCCGGUCAACAAGAUUGGCCGGUUUGAAGAGGGCAAGUCAUCCAACUUCCUUGCCCACUUGAGGACAAAUGAAUCUGGACUGCUUGCAACUAUCAACAAGGAAGGCGCCCUUUCCAAGGAGACCGACGCAAAACUCAAGGACGUCAUUGUCACCUUCGUGCAAUCUUUCUUGUAAACAGUGUCGCUCGCAUAUCUUUAGGUAUUCUUGGGAAUUCAGCGUUUAUAUAGCUUCCUUCUUCCUUGGCCCACCAUUCGUUCCGUAAAUUGUAUUCCCACUUCCUAAAAUAUAUAUAUCUGGACGAACGAAGUGAGGUAUUUCGUGCUAUGUUUCCCCAAUUGCAGAAUUCUAGAAUAA